GCGAGGCCGAGCAAGCUUGCGCCGCCUCUAGAGCCAGUCUCCCUGCUCGGGGUUGAGUUGAGAGCAGCAGCCUCCUCCUUCCUGGAAGCCCUUCAGGCAGGCGGGGCUAUUCGCUGCCUUGCAGAGGCCGAGCCUCCUCCCGUUUGGGGCUGCAUUCCUCACUCUUUCUUUCCUUCCUCCCUUCCCUCUCUCCGGUCCGUCUCUCUUUCGACUCCCGCCUCCCUCUUUGCGCGCAGGAGCCGCGUCUCCGGGAGCCAUUCCUGUCUUUCCAAAGCUAAUCUCUGUGGCCUGCAAGGGCGGAGAGAGCCAAGCAGCCAAGAUGCCCCACGGUAAGCAGACAAGAGUGCUGCUUCUCAACGACAUGGAAAAGCUGGACAAGACCCUCUUCCGGCUGGAGCAAGGUUUUGAACUACAGUUCCGACUGGGGCCUACCUUGCAAGGCAAGCACGUUACGGUGCAUACCAACUACCCAGCUUCAGGAGAAGGGUUCAGCCGCCACAAGUUCAGGUGCCUGUCCUGGCACAACCCAACAGGGAAAGAAGAUGAUUCUGACAAAUUCUGCAAAUUAGAUCUCCAGAUCUCUGGGUCAUACCAGUAUUAUUUUAGUCAUGAAGAUAAGAAAAGCGGUGGAGGUUACAUAGUUGUGGAUCCUAUUUUGCGUGUUGGUGCUGACAAUCAUGAAUUGCCCUUGGAUUGUGUUACACUCCAGACAUUCCUGGCUAAGUGUCUGGGACCAUUUGAUGGAUGGGAAGAUCGUCUUAGAGUCGCAAAAGAAUCUGGUUACAAUAUGGUUCACUUGACACCAGUCCAGAAACUUGGUUCAUCAAGAUCAUGUUAUUCAUUAGCUGAUCAGCUGGAAAUAAAUCCUGAUUUUUCAACCUCUAACAAAAAGUGUUCUUGGAGUGAGCUUGGAAAACUAGUGGAAAAAAUGAAAAAUGAAUGGAAUAUGCUUUGUAUUACCGAUGUAGUCUACAAUCACACUGCUUCAAAUAGUGAAUGGAUAACUCAGCAUCCAGAAUGUGCAUACAAUCUUGUUAAUUCUCCUCACUUGAAACCAGCCUGGCUUUUGGACCGAGCCCUGUGGCAUUUAACCUGUGAUGUGGCUGGUGGGAAAUGCAGCGAUAAAGGAGUUCCUCCGCUGCUUGAGAAUGAGCACCACUUGAACAAUGUCCGUAAAGUCAUUUGGGAGGAUAUUUACCCAAAGCUAAGAUUAUGGGAAUUUUUCCAAGUAGAUGUUAACAAAGCAGUCCAGCAAUUUAAAACUCUCUUGACUCAAGGUGGUUCUAAAGUUAAAACUGACCCAAGUCAACACCUUGCAAUUGUUCAGGAUCCUGAAUUCAAGAGACUCGGCUGCACUGUAGAUAUGAACAUUGCAUUGAACACCUUCAUACCAAAUAGCAAUGGGCCUGCUGCAAUAGAGGAAUGCUGUAACUGGUUCCGCAAGAGAGUCGAAGAACUAAACGGUGAAAUGUACAGGCAGACAAACUACCAUCAAGAGCAGGCGGCCAAUUGCAUUGUGGCGACGGUGAGCUAUGAACGACUGGCUGGACAUGGUCCCAAGUUAGGUCCCGUAACCCGAAAGUUUCCUUUAGUUACAAGCUACUUUACAUACCCAUUUAAAGAGCUAACCCUGGAAGAAGAAGAACGCAUGUUGUAUCAACCUGACAAAGCAAGUUAUUUUAUGGCCCACAACGGUUGGGUGAUGGGAGACGACCCUUUAAGAAAUUUUGCUGAACCAGGUUCCCAUGUUUACUUGAGAAGAGAACUCAUUUGCUGGGGUGACAGUGUCAAGCUACGUUAUGGGAACAAACCAGAAGACUGCCCAUAUCUCUGGGCUCACAUGAAAAAAUACACCGAGUUGACUGCCAAAUAUUUCCACGGAGUGCGGCUUGACAACUGUCACUCGACGCCUCUUAAUGUAGCUGAGGAGAUGCUGGCAGCAGCCAGGUCAGUCAGACCUAAUCUUUACGUGAUAGCAGAACUCUUCACGGGAAGUGAGGUCAUAGACAAUGUCUUUGUCAACCGCCUUGGGAUUACCAGUCUGAUUAGAGAGGCAAUGAGUGCUUAUAACAGUCAUGAAGAGGGGAGAUUAGUUUAUCGCUUUGGAGGAGAGCCAGUUGGGUCUUUCGUUCAGCCACGCCUGAGGCCCUUAAUGCCUGCUAUUGCUCAUGCGUUGUUCAUGGACAUAACACAUGAUAAUGAAUGUCCAAUUCAGCAUCGGUCGGCAUAUGAUGCCCUUCCCAGCUCGACCAUCGUCUCCAUGGCCUGCUGUGCCUCAGGCAGUACCAGAGGAUAUGAUGAACUAGUACCACAUCAGAUUUCUGUAGUCACAGAAGAGCGGUUUUAUCCGAAGUGGAAUCCAGCAGCGACGCUUUCCACACCUGGUGAAGUAAAUUUCAAAACCGGAAUUAUAGCAGGGAGGCUGGCUAUCAACAGGUUACACCAAGAGCUAGGAGCCAGAGAUUUUAACCAGGUAUAUGUAGAUCAAGUUGACGAGGAUAUUGUGGCUGUGACGAGGCAUUGUCCUAACACGCACCAGUCUGUUGUCGCUGUUUCCCGAACAGCUUUCAGAGAUCCCAAAACAUCCUCCUACAGCCAAGAAGUUCCUCAAAUGUGUAUUCCAGGCAAAAUUGAAGAGGUGGUUCUCGAGGCGAGGACCAUCGAAAGAAGUGCUGCCCCUUAUAAAAAAGACGAGCACUCGAUCAAUGGAUUGCCUGGUUAUACAGUUGAACUCCGGGAACACAUCCAGCUCAAGGAAAGUAAAAUAAUAAAGCAAGCUUCAAUCGCUACGAAAGGCCCUAAUGAAUUCGUCCAAGAGAUAGAAUUUGAAAAGCUGACACCAGGAAGUGUGAUCAUAUUUAGAGUAAGCCUUGACCCGAAAGCACAAGAGGCUGUUGGAGUCCUGCGUAACCACCUGGUUCAGUUCAGCCCUCACUUUAAAUCUGGAAGUCUUCCCGAUGAUUGUUCGGAGCCGAUACUCAAGACGCCCUUCUCAACUAUUGCAUCGAAAUUAACCUUGGCUGACCUAAAUCAUGUAUUAUAUCGGUGUGAUGCUGAGGAGCAAGAGGACGGUGGAGGGUGUUACAACAUACCAGACUGGACACCCCUUAAAUAUGCUGGUCUUCAAGGAAUAAUGUCCGUGAUGGGAGACAUACGACCAAAGAAUGAUUUGGGCCAUCCUUUCUGUGGUAACUUGAGAGCUGGGGACUGGAUGAUUGAUUACGUGAGCGAUCGGCUAAUUGCCCGUUCUGGCGCCUGCUCGGAAGUUGGCAAGUGGCUGAAAGCAAUGUUUGUCUACCUGAAGAGGGUUCCUCGUUAUCUCAUUCCAUGCUACUUCGAUGCCAUAUUAGUUGGUGCAUACACGUCGCUGCUUGACUUGGUUUGGAAACAGAUGUCUAGAUUUGUUCAGAAUGGAUCGACAUUUGUUAAACAUCUUUCCUUGGGUUCAGUCCAGAUGUGUGGAAUAGGGAAGUAUCCGUCCUUGCCCCCUCUGUCUCCUGCCAUCCAGGAUGUUCCUUAUAGGCUGAACGACAUUACAAAAGAGAGAGAACAGAGCUGUGUUACUUUAGCAGCUGGCUUACCUCAUUUUUCAUCUGGCAUUUUCCGCUGCUGGGGAAGAGACACAUUCAUUGCAUUGCGAGGUCUGCUGUUGGUUACAGGACGUUACUUGGAAGCAAGGAACAUAAUUUUAGCGUUUGCUGGUACACUGAGACAUGGACUCAUUCCCAACUUGCUUGGCCAGGGCACUCAUGCUAGAUUCAAUUGCCGUGAUGCUGUCUGGUGGUGGCUACAGUGCAUACAAGACUACUGUAUGUUCGCUCCAGACGGCACUGACUUUCUCAAGUGUCCUGUAUCCAGAAUGUAUCCUACAGAUGACUCGCCUCCUCUGCCACCGGGUCAAAAGGACCAGCCACUGUAUGAAGUGAUACAAGAAGCCAUGCAGAGACACAUGCAAGGCAUACAGUUUCGCGAAAGGAAUGCUGGUCCGCAGAUAGAUCGGAAUAUGAGAGAUGAAGGUUUUAAUGUGACUGCUGGCGUGGACAUGGAAACUGGCUUUGUCUAUGGAGGGAACCGUUUUAAUUGUGGCACAUGGAUGGAUAAGAUGGGAGAGAGUGACAGAGCUCGCAACAAAGGAAUUCCAGCCACUCCGAGAGAUGGUUCUGCUGUGGAGAUAGUUGGUUUAUGCAAAUCAACAGUUCACUGGUUACUGGAGUUGUCCAAGAAAAAUAUAUUUCCUUAUUCUGGAGUUACUGUCAAAAGACAUGGGAAAGAAGAGACCAUAACGUAUGAUCAGUGGAACAGAAAAAUCCUGGCACACUUUGAAAAGCUGUUCUUUGUCUCUGAGAAUCCAGCAGAUCCCAACGAGAAACACCCAACUCUGGUUCACAAGCGUGGCAUAUAUAAGGACAGCUAUGGAGCAUCGAGUCCUUGGUGUGAUUAUCAACUUAGGCCAAAUUUCCCUAUAGCAAUGGUUGUGGCACCUGAAUUGUUCUCUCCUGAGCGAGCAUGGAAAGCACUUGAAAUGGUAGAGGAGAAGCUACUAGGCCCCCUUGGCAUGAAAACUUUGGACCCAGAUGAUAUGGUUUACUGUGGUGUCUACGACAAUGCCUUAGACAAUGAUAACUACAAUGUGGCAAGAGGAUUUAAUUAUCAUCAAGGACCUGAAUGGCUGUGGCCAAUUGGAUAUUUUCUUCGUGCCAAGUUGUACUUCUCCAAGUUAAUUGGUCCAGAGAUCUAUGCGAAGACUGUCUAUUUGGUUAAGAAUGUUCUUUCUCGCCAUUACGUCCAUCUUGAGAGAUCACCUUGGAAAGGUCUUCCAGAACUGACUAACGAAAAUGGUCAGUACUGCCCUUUCAGCUGUGAAACGCAGGCCUGGUCCAUUGCUGUGAUCCUUGAGGUUCUCUAUGACUUGUAAACGUGUUUGCCUGCCUUGAUGAAACUGCGAGCUUUGUAACCAUGCCUAUCCUGCUUUUAGAAGUGGACUGUGCCUGCACUGGCAAGACACUUGUAUGAGCAUUUCAUGCCCAUCCUUUGAGAAUCACACCAUGAUAGUUGUUUUGAUCGUGAGGACUAGGAUCAGAAAAAAAGAACCAUCACUUGAGAAUGUAGUCAGAUCUGUUUAGAUUAAAAGUAUAACACAUUCUACAGUAACGGGUUUCAAACUCGGUAUCUCUCUUUUCCUCAAGGUAACAUUCAACUGAAGCUGGUUUCAAGUGGUGAAUCGGUGCUCUUGCAGAGUCACCUUGAAGGGAGCUGGUUACCUCCUAUGACAGGCCUAGGCAAACUCGGCCCUCCAGAUGUUUGGGGACUACAAUUCCCAUCAUCCAUGACCACUGGUCCUGUUAGCUAGGGAUCAUGGGAGUUGUAGUCCCAAAACAUCUGGAGGGCCGAGUUUGCCUAGGCCUGUCCUAUGAGAAGUGUUGGUUUUCCUCGUUCAGGUAAUUAAGUAAAAGUCGCAACACUGAUUCCUGCUUUGCACCAUGGAGCCAUCAUGUCAAGUAGCUGCAUAGCAGUUUUUAAAUCGCAUGUUGCGGAGGCUUCCUCCAUGUGACAGGCUGCUUGUCUGCAGAAAACUUGCUACAACCAUGGGGGGAAAAACUCCUUUCACCCCAAACACACUUGAUCUGGGUCUCAGUAGCCUAUAUUCAACUGUGCCAUUAUAUCAGUGCAAUUAAUUAAUCAGCGUGAGACAGAUUAGGCAAGGAUGUCCCCUUCUGUUGCAAAAAAAAGGGAAAUGGUUUAAAAUAUACUGUGGUGGCAAUUAAAUUUAACUGCCUGUUGUUUUUUUAAUUUGUGCCGGUAAUAGUAAUACUUGAUUGAUUUCAGGGCUUUUUUUUAACACUUAUCCCCAAAGCAAAAUGCAUAGUGGUUAGAGGUUUAUCAGAGAACAUGCUAAUCAUAUAGGCACCUUACUUGUGUUCUCUGUUCUUAAAAUCACACUCAGUGCAGACAAACAGGUUGGAGAAUAUACUAUGUGCAGCUAUAUUGUGAUACAUAUCACUUUUUAAAAGUACAAUAUAGUUCAUUUGUCUAUAUAGGCACUUUGAUACUAAGAAUAAUUUAAGAAAUCUGAAUGGUUGACACUUGGACUACGGCUUCCAUUUGAUCAUAAUUAUGUCACUGAAUUUCACCUAAUAUUUUUGGUAGGAUUUUUUUUCAUCAAUAAACAACAUUUGACAUUUCUAAUCAUUUACAGUUAUAGUAAUGGGUAGGUAAUUAAAAUAUUGUGUAUCUGAUUAUUAUUAUUAUUAUUAUUAUUAAGACUCUCAUCAAAAGGACUUUGUCCUAGCCUGGUAUAUAUUUCCUCAAUCUGUUACUAGCCUUAACAUAUCUCUUGGCAUUUAAAAUAAAUUUCAUUAAAACAAUUAAAGCUGCAAUCCUAUAUUCAUUUGCCUGGGAAUCAAUCCCUUUAAAUGUAACGAGGCUGAAUUCUGAGUAGACAUGAGUAGAUUGCACUGUUUUGUUGCUAGAAAACAAACUGCUGAACCCCAAAUCCAUUUCCUCGGAAAUUAGAGCCAAUUAAUAUGACCAAUUUGUGAUAAGUGUUACUGGAAUUGCUACCUUGAAGGAAUUUAUGGAUAUUGCAUCUGCCCUUGUAAUAGCUUCACCUAGAUUACCUUUCAGCAGGCAAUGAAUCAAUAAUAUUGACAGUUGUUAGAGUCUCUUAGCCAAUUAAUAUUGCCUGAAAAAUGAAUUUCCGUCAUAGCGACAUAUUUCCAAGUUGUGCUACUUAGUAUUGAAAUCCCUUGGUGCUUGGAGUCAAAGUUUAUAUGAAAGUGGCAGUUCUUGCAUUUUUGCUUCCAGAACAGCACUAUCUUUCAGAUGCAAUUCAGUCACAUACUUGCAAAUUCACAUUGCACAAUGAAAGUGGUUUUGGCGUUUUUGCACAGCAAGCCCCCGGAAAAUAUGGCUUAUUGCAGUAAGGAAAGGGAUGGGAAAAUGCACUGAAAGAUAUAGGAUAACAGCUGCUUGAUGCUACAUCAUAUAACCUCACAAACAAAGCAUUAGACAUUGUAUAACCUCCGUGUAGAUUGUGUGCAAACAUCUGGAUGAAUGCUCAAAAACAGAUUAUCCGGAAGUGAACCUGUAUUGAGCUCUGUUCUGCCUCAACUGCAUGGGAAGGCGGGUGUCUGAUUUUUAAUAGCAAAAGGUCUGUUCACAGCUUAAAAUUCAGCUUGCCAAAUUGCAUUUGUUACUAAAUACCGUAGAUUUGCACAUGGUUUGGGCAUUUUACAACGUUGAACAGGAAGAGUGAGUUGUCUGUGUUUUCUGUUCUGUUGAAGUUUUUUUAAAAAAAAAGUUGCACUGCCCUAUCUGAAAACAACAGACAUUUCUCAUGUUAAUACAUUUCUUAUUUUGCAGUGAUGUUAAAAAUGCUUAAAUACAUUUCAGUUCUUCGCCUGUAUAAAUAAAUAGCAUACCUAAAGAUUUUUUAAUUAUGCUGUUACCCAAAAAAUAAAUGUUUUUAAUGUCAAUUGAAAUGCCUUAAUUGUGGGGGUGGGAAGUAAGCAUUAUUUUGCCAACAGUGCUAUUAGCCUAAAUUUCACUGUCCAAACUUGGUUGGGAAGAAAGGACACUUUUGUAUGGAAAAUCUCCAUUCUGCUAUAUAUCCAGUGAACUCAGGCAUUCAUGAUAUUUGAUUCUGUCAAGAUGGAGAAUAGAAAAAUCUGCUGUGGAACUCAUAGUUGAAUAAAAUAUAUUUUGAGGCCCAAGCCUUUACACACAUAUAUAUACAAUAAUAUUAAAUUAUAUAGUUAGUAUGUGCUUGGAGAACAAUAUUUAAUAAAGAUAAAGAGACUUAACAAUUAGGAGAUACUAGUAUCUUAUACUACUGUGCAUCUUAAAGCAGUAUGCAGGUAACUCGCAACCUAUGCAAGGGUUUGGCCAUGGGGUUCCACACAUAAAUGCAAAAAGACGUAAAACCAGGAACCCCUGGGACCACGCGCCCCCCCCCCAAGUUGGAGGGCUUCUUGCUUGGCUUUGGGGGAAAGGCUGAAAGGGCUCUAGGACCUUGCCAGAGCCCUCGUGCCACCUUCCCAAAAGCUGGGUAAGUCUGCAGUUGUAGCUUUCAUGGGAAGGUGGGAAAUAAACAAAUGGAGAAUGGAUUUCUUCUGCUCUCCAUUUCCCACCCACAAAUGCAAAGCUACGAUCGUGUAAGUAAAAUAAGCUUGUGAGUUACUCUGUACACAAAUCCGAGUUUAAAAUGCCACUGAAGUUUACAGCUUGUUCUAGCAGACAUUGCAAAGCCAACAGGUUAAUGCCAACAACAUACGAUUAACAAUACUUUCUGUAGGUAGACCGAAAAGGUAACUGCAUAUCUUCCACAGUCUUAUCUUCUGCCAUGCGUCCUAGCAAUCAGUGUUUCAUUUUUUCAAACAACAGAGCGAAAACCAUCUGGGUAUCACAUCUGUACAUGUUGUUGUUGUUGCUGCUGCUGCUGCUUAGCUGAAAUAGUGAUGUAAUUUUCAUUUCAGAAGGUACUUACCAAACCUGAAAAACAAUUUAAAAGGGAAUCAUAGUUAAUGCUGCAUGUCAUAUGAUGAGAAGUGCAAUUGUUGCACACGUGAGUCCUGUGUGUCUUGUCUGGUACACUUAUUUUUUGUUACAUGGAUGGUUAUUUUCUGCGGUUAUGUGAGUGGCAUACAAUAAAAGUCUAACAAAGUUG